AUGUAUUUUAAUCGAAACAGUUUUCUUAUCGUCGGGUUUGUAUCUUUAACCAUUACAAUGCGUAUUGUUGAUGGAUGUCGCAGUCUUUCGGUGAAUCAACCGAAAUUGUGUCCAACGGUCAAAUGGAAUCUAGGUGGGUUGAUAUAUACCGAUUGGAAGACAGUUGGAAUUGAAGGUGUACAGCUGUUUAUUGAUACGAUCAAUACCGGUUAUGUUUAUUCUAAUGAAAAAGAUCAAAUCUUAGUGUGGUUUAAGGAUAAUCCUCGACGUAUGAUAAUCGGUUAUAAAAAUUACAAUGAAAUUACUUCGAUCUUCGCGCAAGUGAUUGACGAUCGAUUCGGAUGCUAUGAUCUCUUUAUUGAUAUCUAUGAUAGGUUAUAUUGUGCACUGUUUUAUGCCGAUCAAGUUGUGAAGAGAUUAUUGAACGACGAUGACGAGGUGGAAAUAAUAAUUGUAGCUGGCACAAACACUACAGGUUCUGGUCCACAUGAAUUGGACGGACCGAGAAGAAUUUUCGUCGAUACAAAUUUUGACUUAUAUGUGGCAGAUGUUUUCAAUGAUCGUAUUCAAUUGUUUCGCUUAGGCGAUCAAAGUGGAACAACUGUAGCAGGACAAAGUUCACUGGAUAUAACAACUAUACUUAGUUCACCAGAUACAGUUGUAUUAUUAUAUUUGCCUGUGAGAAACUAG